GCUGUGGUCAUGGAGAUUGUGGAAAGGUGGUGUCAGGAGCCUUAUACCUGAUUUACACCGGUAAAAAAAAACAACAACAUUAUUUGAAGAAACCUUGAUAAUGCCUUUGUAUUGUAUGGCGCAUUUGCAGUAAUUACCUUACAGGACAGUGUAUACUAGGUGUGAAGACUAUUUACUUCUGAAAACGGAAGAUUCUAUUAUUGUCAAACUCGUUGUGACAACUUGUAUUUGGGACAUAUUGUUUCCUUAUUGGACUUGGGCAUCUCUGACGUAAGAUUUCAGAAUGCCUCACAAGAUUGGUUUUAUUGUGGUAAGUUCUUCUGAGCAUGAAGAUGGGUUUAGUGCCAAGGAAUUAAUGGUUCAUGCCCCAACGGUCAAUGGAUGGAGAUCCCCAAGAUUUUGUCAGUAUCCUCAAGAAAUAGUCAUUAAAAUGGUGGAGAGAUGCCGUAUACGAAAGUUGCAACUGCUUGCUCACCAAUAUAUGAUAUCGUCCAAAAUUGAAUUCUAUAUCUCAGAAAGCUUGCCUGAAUAUUUCACGCCUUAUCAGUCAGAAAGGUUCCGCCGAUUGGGUUACGUAUCAUUAUCAGAUAAUGAGAAAACAGGAUACAAAGCACGGGAGCUGAAGUCUGUGUAUGUUGAUGCAGUUGGACAGUAUCUUAAACUGAUUUUUCACAAAAACUAUGUAAACAGAUACAAUCUGUAUAAUCAGGUUGCUCUUAUCGCUAUCAAUAUCAUUGGUGAUCCAGUGGAUUUCGAUGAAGAGAGUAAUACACCGACAAGAGAAAAACUUAUUGACCAAUAUCUAGGAAAUAGCGCUGAAGACCCCGCACUGGAUGCAUCCUAUAUUGGGAAACCUGAUGCCAUUUCUCCUCUCGAUGACUUAGCUUUUGACAUGUAUCAAGAUCCAGAAGUUGCUCAAAUAAUCCGUAAAUUGGAUGAAAAGAAACAAGAAGCCGUCCGGCAUGAACAAUAUGAUUAUGCCAAGAAGCUCAAACAAGCUAUUGCUGAUCUUCAAAAGGUUGGUGAACGACUAGGUCGCUAUGAGGUAGAAAAACGCUGUGCUGUGGAAAAGGAGGAUUACGAUUUGGCAAAGCAAAAGAAGCAGCAGAUGGAGGAAUAUCGACAGAAAGUUUAUCAACAGUUAGAACUUCACGACCUUUUGGAUAUUGCUCUAUUAAGAAGAGCGCCUGAAACAAUGUUGGAACCUCUGGAUCAUCCAUCCAGUCCUCAGCCUCAAAAAAUCGUUAGCUCACCUCAUCUAGAGAAAGAGAAAAGCACAGAAAAGAAGACCAAAAAAGAACGCCAAAUUAUUCCAGAGACGCCACCAAAAAUGUCCUCUCCAAAACCGAUUCCAGUUUCCAAACAAAGGUCGCCAUCUCCUCCUCCAGCUCCAUCUCCAGUACCACCUGCCCCAAGUAUAAUUGUUGAUGCAUUGCCCUAUGAUGAGCGGCCUCUUCCAGCGCUAAGGAAAAACAAAGAGGAUUCAUUUACUUAUGUUGAACCCGAUUCACAAGAUGAUAAUUUGAUUGAUACUCCAAGAAGCAGAAUAACAGGAGAACCCGAACCAUUAACAGAGAAAGCAUUGAGAGAGGCUGGCUUUGCAAUUGAAGUGUUUGGUGAAGCUUUGGUUGCAGGAGCAUAUUCCAAAACAUGGUCUUACAGAGAAGAUGCUUUACUUGCAGUGUACAAGAAGCUGGUAGACAUGCCAACAGGAACGCCAAAGGAUGACUUAAGGAAUAUUCUUAGAGCUGCUGUCUUUCUUGUCCGUAGGGCGAUCAAAGACAAAGUGUCCUCAGUUUUCCAAGCAUCAUUACGACUUUUAAAAAUGAUCAUCACUCAGUAUAUACCUAAACACAAACUAGGCAAAGCGGAAACCUCUAAUUGUGUGGAUAAAACCCUUUCAGAUUUACUGUCCAGGACUGGAGAGUCAGCGACUCGGUAUCGGUUAAUUGCAUCCAACUUUAUUCAGGAGAUGGCACUCUUUAAAGAAGUCAAGCCUCUGCAGAUUAUUCCAGCUCUUUUGGUCCAACCACUUAAACCAUCAUCACCAGCUCGUCUGGCUCUAAGCCAAAUGGAGCUUGUCGAGAACGUGCUUAAGGAUUUGGGGAUGGAAAAUACAGGAUUUUCACUUGACAAUGUCAUGAAGUUUGCAGCAGGUGCUCUGGAAUACUCUACAUCUGAAGUACGGGAUAAAGCUGUAAGAAUUAUUCUCUACGUGUAUAAGCAGCACCGAGGCGCUGUUCUGGAAUAUUUACCUGCCGAUGAUGCUAACACGCGCAAAAACCUUUUAUAUAAGAAUCUCUUUGAUGGUUUUGCCAAAAUUGAUGGCAGGCCUACAGAGUCUGAGAUCAAGGCGCAAAAAAAGGCAGCUGCAGAGGAGGCAGAAAAGCAGAAGAAAGAGGAGAUCCGCGCUCUGCAGGAACAGCUUACAGCUCUUAAAGAGAUUCAAGCAGAGGUUCAAACUGGAAAGAUCAGAGACGUAAACCUGCAUAAAGCAAAACAAGAUGAAAGUAAUAAGAAAGCACUCCUGUCUCCUAGCACAGAAACCUCAGAAGAACAAUCUUCAGUUGCUAAUUAUUUGGACAAUUUAUUGCCUUUUUUGUGUGGGGAGAGAGAUGAAUCCUUUACAGAAGAAGGUUUGGAUCUCCAUUAUUGGAAACACUGUCCCAUGCUGAAGAGAUGUGAGCACUGCAAACAGGUUGUAGAAAUUGCAAGUCUGACAGACCAUCUUUUGACCGAAUGCGAUCUAAAGGAUUCAUUUGGGAAAUGCCAACGUUGCUCAGAAGCAAUUCCCAAAGAGCAACUCCUGGAGCAUGUCAAAGCUAAGAGCUGUAAUCCUGCUAAAGGUGAAAAGGUUGCAAACCAUUGUCCCUUGUGCCAUGAAAACUUCACUCCUGGAGAGGAGGCCUGGAAGUCUCAUCUUAUGGGGAAAGAAGGAUGUAAAAUGAAUCCCCGCAAAAUUCAGGCACUUCAAAGAACACAACUGGGACCCCAAGCGGCCAUGAAAGCUGGGGGCUCAACCAUAACCAAAACCGGAACCACCGGAGUGAAACCGAGGGCACCAGUUAAUGGAAGUAAAAUUCCAGCUCCAAGAGCAGGAAUGAAUAAAACUACAAGCAAGGCACAACCAAAACGAUGAAUGCAAAUCUGAUUCUUUUCUAAUUAUAUAGCAGAUAUUAGUUCAGAUGAAUUUGACAAUGUCCCAAAUGUACUAGGGGAGAACUGUCUGACUUCAUGUGUAUCAGUCACCUGAGUGUUUUCAUAUACAAUAGCACAUUUUAACGUCUUAUUUUGCACACUGAUUACCAAGAUAUAUUUUAUACAUUUUAUUUUAUAGAUGUUUGAGCCAUAAAUCUUUUAUUGCUACCAGUAAUGCCUCAUUGUUUAUGUUAACAUAAAAAAUUGUAAGGAAAGGAUUAAACCUCCAUCAGCUAUUUCAUGUGUGGAUAAGAAAAAAAAACAAAGAUCCAAUUGCAACUUGAAAUGUGAUUUUAUAAUUUAGAAAUUCAUUUUUAUGGAAUCUUAAAGGGACAUAAAACUCCAACCAUUAAAAAUUCCCCUUUCUUAGACACUGACCAAUUAUCAGCCAGAAUUGAGGCAUUGUGACCAAUUAGCAGCCUGGUUGUAAGCCAGUCAAUAGUAUAAAGUCCACUACAGCAAUUCCUAAAUGAAUUAUGAAAGGAAAAAAAAAUUGGGUUUCAUGUCCCUUUAAGUUCAAGUUAAUAAUUCUGUGAUGCAAGUUUUGUGAAUUGAAUUAGUAUACUUAAAUAUUUAAAGGUUAUUUGAAUAUAUUAUUCUAAUUGUGAGAGGACUUGGUGGACAAAGGAUAAAAUAUUUUUUUACAAAUGUUUAAGAUGAUCCUUGUAUUAGGACAAGGUACUUGUCAAAUAUAGGAGGUAAAAAGUAGAUAAUAUAAAACUGUAUAAUAAAAUUGUACAGCCAUAUCUUAUAAUAAUUGUAUAUCACAGUGGAUACAUUUCUAAGAUUAUUUUAUGAACUUAUUGCAAUUAUUUUAAUAUUUAAUUGUGUUUUCAAAUUAAGCAUGACUGUUUUAAAAUAUGUAUGUUCUUAUUUAAACAGAAUGUAAAUACAUUAUAACAUUUUCAUUUUUUUUCUUUCUUCUUAUCCACCUAAAAAGUAGUAUAUCUACAAAUAAAUUUAGUUUUGUUUCUAUACAUAACGUAGAAAUACUGUAGCUAGAUCAUGUUUUGCUGAAGUAGUGUAAGAUCACAAAAAGUACUGAACAUCAUAUAGAGUUUUCCGUAUAUUAAAGGCAUUUUUUUCUUUCUAAA